AUGUGCAAGAGCUUAUCUCCACAGAUCAAACAUCCGACACACACACUCUGGGGCAGCCAAGGUGCGAAACACAGAAGACACCACCACAAGGACCGGGUCCCUGUCACUAUCACCACAGAGGACCGGGCCCCUGUCACUAUCACCACAGAGGACCGGGCCCCUGUCACUAUCACCACAGAGGACCGGGCCCCUGUCACUAUCACCACAGAGGACCGGGCACCUGUCACUAUCACCACAGAGGACCGGGCCCCUGUCACUAUCACCACAGAGGACCGGGCCCCUGUCACUAUCACCACAGAGGACCGGGCCCCUGUCACUAUCACCACAGGGGACCGGGUCCCCUAUCACCGUUUAGACACAAACUUCCUUCAGCAAAACAGGAAGAACCUCUUUGUGGGAGGUCAGAUGCAGACUGACCACUAA